UAAAAAAAAAAAAAACGAAAAAUUAAAAAAUUGAUAUUUAGUCAUACUUGAUCAUUCAUUCGAUCGGGGUUGCACGAGAUGGAAGAAAACGAUAAUAAAAUUAAUAAUACUGUCGUUGCAAAGCUGGAAAACGAAGUAAGCAAUGAUGACGAGUAUCCCCAAACUUCACCGGUUUUAUUGGAUUUAGAUGAAAUGACUAAGCAACAAAAACAACAAUUACCACCAUCUCAAUUAAUUCAUGAUAAUGAUGAUGAUGAUGAUAAUAAUUUAAUAAACAACAACAACAACAACAACAAAAGUGUUAGACAUCAACAAAUGAAUGAUGAAUCAACAAAUACGACAAUUCAACAACGACGACAAUCUUUACGAAAACGUUGGCCAGAAACUGAUGCUAUUUACAAUAGAAAUAAUGGCAAUUGUUCAGAUAGUGGUGUACUGGUGAUACGGGUACCUGAGCCUGAAAUAGUCACAACACAUUCCCAUCUGGAAAUGUUUCACGAGACAAAUAUUAAGUCUGUACAACGUGAACCCUCGCAAACUGAAAAAGAUUAUAAAAAAUCAGCGUGUGAUCGUGAAAGAACACGUAUGCGUGAUAUGAAUAGAGCAUUUGAAUUGUUGAGAUCAAAAUUACCAAUUUGUAAACCACCAGGAAAAAAAUUAUCAAAAAUUGAAUCAUUACGACAUGCAAUAACUUACAUUAGACAUUUGCAGAGUCUUUUAGAGCCACAAUAUCCUACACAAAAUUCAUUUACACAAAAUAUUUUACCCACUGAAAGAAAUAAUUAUUAUGGUCAUUCAUCUGUUUUACCAGUUUCAGCCCCUCCACCACCACCACCACCAUAUGACAUUCAACAUCCACCAAGAUGGGAAUCAUUGGCUUACUACUAUCAUCCACCACCAUUUUUACCACCACCACCACCACCACCAUCUAAAUCAGCAACAGCAACAUCAACAUCAUCUUCCUAUCAAACUCCUUUAAUAAGACUCAAUAAUAACGAUGAUCAAGAUUAUCGUUACAAUUCUCUUUAAAAAUAAAUUUA